ACUGGUUCCGGUAAGACUUUCACGAUGGGAACAAGUUUUGAUUCUUCUUACUCUGAUUGUGAAUCUGGGAUAAUCCCAAGGGCUGUGCAAUAUCUUUUUUCCUGCAUAUCUGAAGUUCGUAGUAAUGCUUCUACUAACAAAUUGCCAGUGCCAGAGUUCAAAGUUGUUGCUCAAUUCUUAGAGUCUAAAAAGCAUCAUUUGCGCAUUCACGAGAAUGCUCAGGGCGACAUUUAUCUAACAGGUGUCUCUACCCGCCUUGUAUCCAACCUCAGUGAUGUAUGUGUACAUUUCCUAUUGUCCUUGCUGUUACUACUUCACUCCUGUUACAGUAUCCCUUUAUUUCAUCACCAACAGACUCUUCAAUGUUUAAAAGAUGGGUCACUUGUUCGCAGCACCGCGAGCACAAAUAUGAAUGCACAAUCCUCUCGCUCACAUGCGAUUUUUACUUUGCACAUUAGACAGCAGCGUCAGGUUCAAUCCAGCCGAGAUGAGCCUAGUAGUCCGAAUUGUGAUGAAGAUAAAGAUGGCGCUGACAGUGAAUGCGUCCUUAGUCUUUCUGAACGUCUUGAAUCUACUGUUGAUUCUCGCAAUUCUGAGUUUGAGACGUUAACGGCCAAGUUUCAUUUCGUUGACUUGGCAGGAAGUGAACGUCUCAAAAGGACAGGCGCCACUGGUGAUCGGGCCAAGGAGGGUAUUUCUAUUAAUCGAGGCCUUGUAAGCUAUUAA